GCAAGGCAUUUGUUCCCAAGCAGCGGCCCAUCGAGUCUCGUCAGGAAGAUGUAACGACCCUUGACCCGGAACUAGAAGAGGCCCUGUCCAGUGCUACCGACACUGAACUCUGUGACCUGGCAGCCAUCCUAGGUGUCCAUACCCUGGUGACCAGCACCCAGAGCUACGAUGGAACCAGCAGUAAAGACGGAGGAUACAACAACGUGGUGAAGGGGGAGAAGAUGAACCCCGUGUUUGAUGAGCCUCCCAACCCCACUAACGUAGACGACACUCUGCAGAGGAUAAGAAACAACGACGCUGCGCUGACGGAGGUUAACCUCAACAACAUCAAGAACAUUCCCAUUCCCACGCUGAAGGAGUUUGCCAAGGCCAUGGAGAGGAACACACACGUCAAGAAGUUCAGCCUCGCCGCCACACGGAGCAACGACCCCAUCGCUGUGGCGAUGAGUGAGAUGCUGAAGGAGAACAAGUCGUUGCGGAGUCUCAACCUGGAGUCUAACUUCAUCACCAGCGCUGGUGCUGCUGCUCUGGUGGACGCUCUCCGAGACAACGACACACUGACUGAGAUCAAGAUAGACAACCAGGUAACACACACACACACACACACACACACACUGACUGAGAUCAAGAUAGACAACCAGGUAACACACACACACACACAUCACUGAGAUCAAGAUAGACAA